AUGAUGAAAAUCGUGUUGAUCUUGAGCGUCGCUCUGGCGGUCGCUAGUGCCACCAACGUGGCUAGAUGUCUCCACCACGCCGGUGACUUACCGGCCAGCACCCGCAUCGAAGGCUGCACCAACCCUCCGUGUGCGUUCCCUCAGCUCCGUAAUGCGGUCAUUCACCUGACGUUCAGAGCCCCUCGCCAGUUGCAGUCGAUGCGCACCCUGGCCACCGCCUACCUCGGCAACGUACCAAUCCCCUACGACCUCGGGGCGAACGCAAACACUUGCAACUUCCUCACCAACACCAGGUGCCCCGUGCCAUCUGGCACCAACGUACAGUACACCCUGCGCAUGUUCAUCGAGGCUUGGUUCCCAGCGGGCACCUCAACAACGAUCGAGUUCAGGAUCGUGGACCAGAACAACAACCCAGUGAUCUGCCUCCGCGUGCCCAUCCGCAUCACCCGCUCCAACAUGUUCAUCGAUGGCGCCGACGAGCUGCCCCCCGCAAUCGAAGCGGCCGAAAGUGAAUCUAUAUAUCGCCCC